AUGGUCGCCACCCUCCACAUCGCCACCGCCCUGGCUGGCCUCCUGGCCACGGUCGGCGCCAUCGACGUACGCUACUACACUACGCCCGGCACCGGGAACACAAUCACCUGCAAUGGCGGUUACUCACAGUGCACCGGUCUUUCGCCGGACGUCUGCUGCUACUACUCGGGCAGCCGCACUGUCGCGUUCGCGGCCAUCCCCACCGAGUGGAGAAUCCAGGCUCGCUUCUACGGCGGCGAGAAUUGUAGCGGCGAGCAGCGGAAUGACUACAGCAACGGCCGUGACAACAUCUGUUGGGCGUUGAACGGCAUCUACGUAAAGGGCGCUGGUUAUGGCUUCGUCAACAAGCGCAGCGAGGCCGAGAUUACUGCUGCUACUGGCGCUGGAAAUAAAAAAUGCGUCAGGCCUGAUCUGCUCGUCUUUGAGACUGGCGAGUCGUACCAGCUUGACACGCUGACAGAGAGCCAGUAUGCUGAAAUGCUCUGCGAUGUGAACUAUGCUGACCUCAUUUUUCCCACAUACAGCACUUCGAUUCACAUGGCCGGUGGAAAUGCCACCGACGUCCCUGCCUCAUUCUCUGCGUUCCGUCGAUGA